AUGACUUCAAAAAAUGAAAAUUCUAUUUUUGUUGAAUCUGAAGAGACUCGUAUUACAGAGAUCAUUGAUGCACUAAGAGAUGUUGGAAUGGUUGAGGCUUCAGAAUCAGAAUCUGAAAGCAUGUCCUUUACAUCAGCAAUUGAGGAUUCAGAUAUUGAAUGUACAGAAGGACCAGAUAGUAUGCUUACACCAAAAAAUCUUAAUGAUUCACCUUCAAAGGGACCAGAUGAUUCCCCUUUCAAACCAAUAGCUGAUAAUAGUUUUAAAAAAAAUACAAACGUCAACUCAAAUCAAAGAUACAAUCGUAUCUUGGAAGGUCUAGGACAGGUUGAGAUUGAAACACCUCUAAAUCCAUAUACAAUGACUAUAGAAUGUUUAUUAUAUGAGCCUCAAGAAGAAGACAUUAUUGAAGAAGAUCUAAGAUAUAUAUACUUAAACCAAAUACUUAGUAAAAAGGAACAAAACUGUUUAACAAAGCUACGGCAUUAUGCCAAAUAUCACAAAGUUAAAUUUCCCCACAUUAUUUGGAUACAGGCUCUUAGGUUUCUGUAUUCUGCUCAAUUUCAUCUACAGAAAGCACUAGAUAUGAUGACUGCCAACCUUAAUUUUAGAAUAGAAGAGCUUCCAAUAUAUGAAGCUGAUGUUAAGGAUGAUCUACAAUUAGGAGCUAUAUAUUGGCAUGGAAGGGACUAUAAGUGUCGACCAAUGUUAAUUGUACGAAUUGAUAAAAUGGAUCUCCUAGAAGGUGAUAUCAAUAGACUUCAGAAGCUAUUGUGCUUUUGUUUAGAGUUUUUCUUAAGAUAUUUGCAAGUUGCAGGUAGGGUUGAAAAUUGGAAUGUUAUUAUUGAUUUAAGUGGUAAAGGAUUUACAGAUUUACCAAUACAGGCAUUAAAAUCAGUUAUUUCACUGAUUAAUACACGUUAUAGGAUGAGACUAUAUCGUAUGUUUAUUGUAAAUUGCCCUAUAUUUUUAAAUUUAUUAAGCUCAGCUCUACUAUCUACUUUGCCUGGUACUUCAGCUCGCAAAGUUCGCUUUGUUGAUGGAGCUUACUCCGAUGAACUCCUUGAGAUGAUUUCACCAUAUCAACUUGAGCAAAGAUAUGGAGGGAAAUGUCCAGAUGUAACUGAAAACUUUUAUCCAUUUAAAUUUUAUCCCUGUAGUUCUAAUCAAAAUAUUAUGGAAUUAGAUCAAGCUGAACUACUUUCAAAGGUACCAUUGGGGGUUAUUGCUGGAUUUUCAGUUGAGAUUCCACCAAAUUAUGAUGUCGAAAAGCUUACUUGGUUAAAAUUCCUUCCUAAUAUGAGCUUCUCUCCAUUAGUAGCUUCUAAACUAUCUAAUAUUUUAGGUAGAGAAGUUAAAUCGGUUACUUCAUUACAGGAUAUAUUUAAUUUAUCAUCAAAUAUGAACGAACUAGAUAAUUAA